AUGGGUGCCAAUGAAGCAAAGCCCAAGGUGUUUGACAAGGAAGGUGCUGUUGGAAAACACUUCACAGAGGAAGGUGCUGUUGGCAGUAUGGCACAAAAGAUGGGAGGUCCUUUGGACAAGGAGGGUAUUGUUGGCAAGCAAUUCACCUCAGAGGGAGCUGUGGGAGGCACAGUUGAAUCAAUGAUGGGGGGCAAGAAGCGCUCAUGA